GCAGAUACCACAGAAGAGGUGCCAGUGUGUCUGUGUGUGUGAGUGACCAUUUGUGGGUGAACCCUGUGUAAAGAACAACCUCUUGCCCAUCAGUCAGCAUUCAGACACUGUGAAUGACUGUGAAACAGAAAACAGCCUUUCCAGAGCGGCGCUGUCCCAUGUGGCUCCCUCCUCUCAGGGGAUGGCCAAGGUCCAGGAUGGACACAAGAACACGUGUGACAGCCCUGCAAUGUUAGAGGAGGGCCACGAUGUUAUGGACAGUGGCACCCUAAGUCCUGCCUCACCUCGACAGGUCACCAUCCAGCGUCACCCUACUCAAGGCUUCGGCUUCAUUGCGGGCAGUCAGAGGCCUGUCAUCGUACGCUCCGUCUCUGUCGACGGCCCCUCUAUUGGCAAGAUUCUUCCUGGAGACCAGAUCUUGGCCAUUAAUGAGGAAUUGGUGAGCGACGCGCCCCGAGAGAGAGUCAUAGACCUUGUAAGACGGUGCAAAGACACUAUAGUUCUCACUGUGCUGCAGCCCCAUCAGUCACCGAAGUCAGCCUUCAUAAGUGCAGCCAAAAAGGCCCGCCUGCGAACAAACCCGCCUAAAGUGCGCUUUUCAGAGCAAGUGUCCAUCAGUGACCCGGACUCAACAAUGCUAAAGGACGACUCCUUGCUACUCAUACCAAAUGUGUUGAAGGUGUUCUUGGAGAAUGGACAGAUUAAGUCCUUUACGUUUGACAGUCGUACAACUGUUAGGGAUGUGAUCUCCUCCCUGCAGGACCGCCUGUCACUGCGCUACAUCGAGCACUUUGCCUUGGUGCUGGAGGCAGGUGGUCUGGACCAGAAUCAGAAGUUGCAGUUGUUGCAGGAGAGCCAGCCUCUGACACAUGUGGUGCAUAGAACUUAUUUCCAAGGGAUGAAGUGUCUGUUCCGUAUCUGCUUCUUCCCCAAAGAUCCUGCAGACCUGCUGAGAAGGGACCCUGCAGCUUUUGAGUACCUCUACAUACAGAGUCGCAAUGAUGUCAUCAAAGAGCGUUUUGGCAUGGACUGGAAAUCUGACGUCACAAUAAGACUGGCUGCUCUGCACAUCUACAUCACUGUGUCCUCUGCACGGCCCAAUCAGAAGAUCUCUCUGAAGCAUGUAGAAAAGGAGUGGGGUCUCGAGCCUUUUCUUCCCCUCACUAUGCUUCCAACAGUCAAGGAGAAGAAUGUGUGUAAGACCUUGUCUCAGUUGUUGAAGACCUACCAACAUCCACCACCAUCAGGAAACAAGGUGCCUCCUCUUCAAGGGAAGCUGCAGUAUAUGCGUGUACUCAAUGACCUUCCACCCUUUGGUGGAAUACUGUUCCACACUGUUGGGCUGGAUGACAAGCAGUCUGCUACAACACUCCUGGUGGGUCCUCGACAUGGCAUUAGUCAUGUGAUUGACCUGAAAAACAACCUCACCACAGUCCUGGCUGAGUUCAGCAGGGUCGCAAAGAUCCAGCUGUACCGAGAGAGUCAAGGAGUGGCUCGGGUGGAGAUGACAAUCCAUGAGGCCAAGCCUCUGGUCCUACUCAUGGAAUGGCCUGAUGCCAGUAACUUUGCGUGCCUCAUCUCUGGCUACUACAAACUGUUUGUAGAUCCUAAGCGGACCAUCUACUUCCGGACUCCUGGUCAGUCUCAGCUGACCAAGUCAGAUUACAGAAGCUCCCACCAUGUUCAUCCACGGUCCGGGGCCUCCAGCUUGCCAAGUGGGAGUCGGCGAGGAGAAGAGAGGGAAAGCUCACACAGGGAGUCAGGGCCUUCGAGGGCCCUUGUUCCUGCGGAGUCUCAGCAUCUAGGCCUGUGUCAUGUACACCUUCGAGAACAACAUAAAUUUCAGGAGCUGAAAGCUCAAGUUGAGACUGAAGUUGACAUAAAUGAGAACUUCAUUUCUCAAGAGCCCGCUGGUCGGCCCCGCACCAAGUCUGACCCCACCCUGCAGAGCACAGAGGAAAUAGAUGGGAUUUCAGAGAGCCAAGUUGUGGAGAAUGCAGGAUUUCGAAGCCGAGCCCAGACACUGGGUCAGUCCCAGAAAACAUCACGAUACUUCUGUGACUCCUGCAAGGCCAGGCUUAAGGCAGAGGGUGUAUCAAUGGCAUCCGGCAGUAGAGGCUCAGGGAAACAUUGCUCUAGUGCUUGUGCUUCCCGGGAUGCAGGUGCUGUUGACCUCAUGGCUCUGCCUCCCCCAGGGAAUGAAGAGGAGGAGGAGGAAGAGCAGGCAGAAUGUGGAGGAGAAAUGCUUCAACUACCACCACCUGCUAUUGCUGCCCCACCGCCUGGGUUCAGGGACAACAGUUCAGAUGAGGAUGACGCUAAAAGAGGGAAGAAAGCUCGAACCAACACUAAUCCAGGGGCCACAUCACUGAAGCUGGCCCAAGCCAAGGAAGAUGUGCCUGUGACGCUGAUAGAUAACGUAGCCACGAGAACAGUGCGGGACCACGCCCAGGAGCUUGACGAUGCAUUGGUCUCUACCUUACAAGCACUAGAGGCUUUGGCAGCUUCUGAGGAUUAUCCCCAUCACCCUCAACAGCCAACCCAGACUGCAGGUCAACAGCAUAAAUCAUGCCACGGCCCACAUCCACCUCAAAGAAUGAAUAGGUUGAUUGUCUUAGCUGCCAUUACACCUGAGUCAUCAUUGGAUUCAGGCCACGAGACAAACUCCUCUGAACUGACAGAUGUCUCUGAGAUGGUGUCAGCAAUGAAGCAGAACCAGAACCAGGCCUACCUGUUGGCUCAUCAUAUCAACAAGGAACGUAUCCUCUGUCGCCGUGACUUCCCCCUGGCUAUUCCUGGAUGCACUGCAAAGACAAUAGGGACUGGGGCCUUCUCUGUUGGCCAGAUUCGUGCUGGCUGUCCACCUAAGCAAGUGAUUCUCAGCAAGACUGUUCCAUUUAAAGUCAACCCGAGUCAAGACUCGGCAAUACUCAGUGUUGUGACAGAGCAGAUGGACAAUCAAGAUGCUACUGAACAGAAAAAAGAUAUGAAAACAAAUACAGAGCCCACCAAAGUAAACACCACAGGUCACUCUUCAAAAUCCCCAGAAAAAACAAAACUGUCCGAGUCGUCUCUGACAAGUGAAGUCGGCAAAGAUAAAAAAUUUGCAAAUUAUCCUGGAGAGUCAGUGAGACAAAAUCUUCCUGAGCUCAUAAAAAGGAAAACAAUAGCACCUCUUAACACAGACCCCCAUAACAAAGCCUUACCUAUCCUCUUGCCUGUGGACAGAAAUGCAUCUGCUAAGACUUCCCCUGCGAAUAUGUGCCAAGAUGCCGAGACUGCCUCUCGUGAGACCGUGAAGCCUUCAAUCUCUGCAGAACUGCUGCCAGUUGAUGACCUCUUCUGUACAUGCCCAGUGCAGCAGGAACCUGCACCUCAGUUAAGAUUAAAAGACCCACAGGUUCAGAAGGUAGUGGUGUUUCAGUCCUCUUCCCCCACAGAUGAUGAGCGUCUUCAGGCCAAAGGCCUCCAGUUGGCAAGCAGCAAAGAAAAUGCAGAACCUACUUUGGCUAAACCCAGCCCACAAAUGCAAACCAAAUACUCUCCUCAUUUGCCUGUAAAAUCAGAAAAAAAAGAUGCAGCUGAGAGUAAGUCUGAUAGUUCCCAGGUAAAACCACAGUUAGAGUCACAGAAAUGCCCUGUAAAAUCACUACCUAUUUUAGAUGAUCCAACAACUUCAUGCCCCAAUGUAGAUAAGGUCUCUACCCUUCCAGCGAGAAACUCAAAGAAACAGAGCAAUGGUAAGGUAAAGUCUCAGCGCACAGCCCCUUUCAUGAGUUUCAGAAACCUUCUUUCAGCUACAUUUCCAGCUAGAAUGAGAAGAGAAACUGAUGAGCGAAGAGCUCAACUGCAGAAGGUUCGCCAGUAUGAGCUGGAGUUCUUAGAGGAACUGCUGAAACCAAAAUCAUCCCAGGGAGAGUUUCUGUCACAAGGAUCCUCACCUGUGCCCUCAGGCACUCCUUGCGCAUGCCAGCUCCGCACCAGUCCUGUCUUAAAGGCCCCAGGUAUCUCCAGAGAGCAGAGACGUAGCUGUGACUGUAAGAGGAUGUGUAGGGGAAUGCGUCUACCAGACACACCAGUUGGGUCAGUGACGGAGACACAGCAGAGAGGCAGAGAGAGGACUAUCUCAAAGACCCCUCCAGUAGUGUCCAAAGCCCCUCCUGCCCAAGGUGGCACAAGGAGACCUCAGACCUUAGAGAUAAAAACCACACGAAUACGAUCUACCAGUCUCGAGUCCAGUGAACCAAGAGGAGAGCAGGGCUCCUGCUUACCCACCUGUACUGCUCACACAGACUGCAUGGGAGCUCCACAGUACAAGAAGCUCCAAAGGCGAUACAGCAUUGGAGAGCUGGACAACAGCAUUGGCACACCUGUAUAUGCUGAAGUGAAGCCCAAAGCCAAGAGUCUAGAGAAAGAGAUGGAGAGAGUGAGGGCUACAGGACUGAGGCUCCCCACUCCAGUCGAGCCAGUCCACACUCAGUCUCACCAGAUAGAGGUGAAAGGGAAAAAGGGUGUUUUCUUCAUUCAGGGGGAAGAACUGGUACGUGAGAGCAAAGAGGGGACUGGGGAGGUGCUACUCACUCUGCCCAGUGAAGAUAGCGAUGAUAAAGAUAAAUGCUGCUCCUUCUGUUUCUGCUACCGGAAGUGUGAGGCAGGAGAUGAAAGCAGCGAGAAGGACGAACUGUCGUACUCUAUACCUCUUCAGGUCCUUCCAGGCAUGGAACUGGACUCGCAUACCUUUCCUGUUGUAAGCAAAACGCUCCAGGUUCUCAAUGCAGAGGACUGCAGUGGUGAAGAAGAGGAGGAGGAAGAGGAGGAACCACAGACACAGGAAAUUGACCUUAGAGCCUGUGGUACCCUGGAGGGAAGUCUGGCACGAGUCCAAGCACUGCAAGAGAAGACUUUCAGCUUGCCUGAUGGUUUCUUAAAUGCUCAAAUGGAUGCUAAUGAGUUAUUAGCUAUCCUACGCCAGUGUGCUAACAGCCCCCAAGCUGAGGGUGAAGCUCGCCUACAGCCUUCCCGGAUCGCCGAGUACAAACAGGAGCUGGCAGUGCGGUUCAAAGAAUUCAGAGCAUCAUGUCGGCGAGUGGCGAGUGUCGAAAAAAGCCCAACUCGCAUGCUUGCCGUGGUCACAGCCAGCUUUCAAGUGCUGUGCGAGUUAACUCAAACCUUCAUCAAACUCGUCAGGGGGGUUCGCUCAGAAUCCCAGAGGCAGCAGCUACUGAGGAAAGUUGAGGAAGUCGCUAUCAACUACACUUUGCUCCUGCGUGCAGCAGAGGAAUCGAUGGGACAUUCAAGCAGCCUGCCCACAAAGACAGUCAGCCCUCAAGUUUCAGUCAACGCCAAUAAUAUGAGCUCGCUCACUCGACCCAUCAGAACCCUGCCUACACAGUAAAAAUGAAUUUGACAGGGAGGUAAUCAAACGUGGUGAGAAUAUGGGUGGGGACUCAGUCCAAUUCAUCAUUCAUAUGUUGUUUACAUUUUUUAAAACAAGAUUUCCAAGGAAUCAUCCUCAGUUUAAAAAAAAAAAAAAAAAAACACAAUGCAGCUGUUUCAUGUCAUGUUUACAGGCCCUGAAGUAGCCUUGUGGAUCUUGUUCUGAAAUACAGAAACAAUAAAUGCACAAAGGAAUAAGAACCUUAUGACAGAAUGCAUGGUACAGGGCUAAUCACCACA